ACAAUUAAAAAUGAGCAGCUUUGUUCGAUAAAAAGUUUUUGUUUUUGUCACGGACCCGGCUCUGGAGGACUCGGGGGUCCGUGAGCAGGAUGGACCAUUAUUAUUAUUAUUAUUAUUAUUAUUAUUAUUAUGGUUAUUUGGGGAUGUGUGUUUGUCUGCACAAUGCUGUGUUAUUCUGUGGUCCACUCGUUAUAUGUAUAGGCAGGGUGUGGGUGUAUAGGUGUGGCUGUAGGAUGGAGGACAGCCACCUGCAGGCCUGAUGGGUGUGGCCCUGCUGGAGGACUGGCCACACCUGAAGUCCCUGCCACACACCUGCUGCUGAUCAGGGCUCGUCGGGGGAGCUAUUUAGGAGAGUGUUGGAGCUCCCACCGGCGCGGGAUCAUUAAGCUAGACUCCAAGUGGAACGAGGGACCAGAAGGGCAGCACGCACAGGGUGUGCAGAAACACAACUGCCGGGAGCACGAGCACGGACGUCAGAGGGGAACACACACACGGGAGUCUAGGGAGCAAAGGGGGUUUAUUGUGCAUCUGUUACCUCACUGUAAAUAAAGAGCACCGUUUGCAUUGCAGAGUACCGCGACUGGGUCCUCCUUUCCCCACAUCCCCACGGUCUGCCAGCCAGACCGUGACAGAAUGAUCCCGCCAAGCAUGGACCCAGCGGUCUCUGAGGAGAGGCUCAGGAGGGAGGUUAUGGACAGAGUUUAUAGACUGUGUGAAUUGUGGUGGGAGAAGCCCGCGGAAAUGUUGCGUCGCGCCGUGGAGAGGCGGCUGCAGGAGACGCUUUUUAAGUUUCCCUGGCUGAUGGACUCCCUCAAUGCAGUCGUCCUGGAUUUCCUGCUCUCAACCCUCCACCUCCACUCUCCUACUCAGGCUGCUCACCAGCCCGGUCAGCUGGUGGAUGCACAGCCUGACACGCCGGCCCCGACGUCUAUCCGAAAACGACGUUCGCGCCGCCGGCGUUCCUCACCGCAGCCGAAUUUCCGGACGUCUCAAGAGCCGGCUGUGGUGAGUAGUACGGACAGUUUUUCAUUUCCCUCACCAUCUGUUUGUGUGUCUGCAGUGGACGAUGACGCUGCCGUAAGCUGUCUGACAGCGCAAGCAACAUCGCCUCGGUCGGAGGUCUCCACACCACUCGCUGCUUCACCAUCUGCAGUUGUAGCGCCGCCGUCAUCUCAUCCGCCUGCAGUCACCCUUCUGCCAUCUUCUUCACCGGCUGCUACGUCGCCACCCGGACCUGCCCUGCCCGAGCAGGAGCUCAGCGAGCCGGAGGAGCUCGCACCGCCCGAGCAGGAGCUCAGGGAGCCGGAGGAGCUCGCGCCGCCCGAGCAGGAGCUCAGGGAGCCGGAGGAGCUCGCGCCGCCCGAGCAGGAGCUCAGCGAGCCGGAGGAGCUCGCACCGGAGGAGCUCGCGCCGCCCGAGCAGGAGCUCAGCGAGCCGGAGGAGCUCGCGCCGGAGGAGCUCGCGCCGGAGGAGCUCGCGCCGCCCGAGCAGGAGCUCAGCGAGCCGGAGGAGCUCGCGCCGCCAGCUGGGGAGCCAGUGCCGCAGCAGCUCAGCGAGCCACCUUAUACUCCACCUGCAGCUACCGCAUCACCAUCUUCGCCUCCGGAUCAACCAUCUGUAGCCACACCGCAGCCGGAGGAGCAGCUCGGCGAGCCGGAGGAGCAGCUCGGCGAGCGGGAGGAGCUCGCGUCACCAGCAGAGGAGCUCGGCGAACGGGAGGGGCUCGCGUCACCAGCUGAGGAGCCUGCGCCACUGCUGGAGGAGCUCAGCGAGCAGGAGCCGGGGCUGGAGCCCUGCGAGCUGGAGCAGGAGCUCGGAGAGCGAGAGGAGCCCGCGCCGCCAGCUGAGGAGCUCAGCGAGCCGGAGGAGCCAGCACCGCUGCCAGAGGAGCUCAACGAGCCGGAGGGACCAGUGUUGCCAGCAGAGGAGCCCGGCCAGCGGAAGACCUCAGCAAGCCGGAGGGACCUCCACGUGUGGUGCGCCCUCCAUGCCAUCCACGUGUGGCGCGCCCUCCACGCCAUCCACGUGUGGCGCGCCCUCCACGUGUGGCGCGCCCUCCACGCCAUCCACGUCCAGCGCGUCCACGUCGGCGACCAGCGCUUCAUCGGCCAUGUGCCACACCUCGCUGUUGCUCGCUGGAGUAGCGCCGCCGUCACUGGACCCGGGGCAAGCCGCCGGAGGAGCAGCAGCGCCGCCGCCGCCGUCACUGGACCCGGGGCAGGCCACCGGAACCGUUUCGCCGCUGCUACCGGACCUGUGGCAGGCCACCGGAGGUGCAGCUCUGCCGCCACUGGAUCAGUGGCAGGCCCCCAGAACCGUUUUGCUGCUGCUGCCGGACCCGUGGCCGUCCGCCGGAGCUGCAACGUUGCCGUCAUUGCACUAGAGGUGUUUUGUGCCAGAAAUGGAGUGUCCACUGAAGACUGAAGAUACUGAAUCUCUACGCCAUGCCAUUGAGCUGUCUUGUGCGUUCAUCUAGACAAGAGACAUUUACUUGACCACUCUCACAUGCUCUGUACCUACAUCACCAUACCUGACAGUCAUAGCUUGGCCCAUCAGAGGGUGAAAUCAUAAGUAUGUGUUAUUUUGCAAAGUGCUCUCUAGGGUUCCUAAAUAAAAUAUGGCAUUGA